GCAUCUCAGGUGCGCAUGCCGUGACCCUGGCCACCUUCUAAGCAGGUCCUCUGCCCGCGAGUGUCCGUUGUGACGUCCUCUGUGGUGGCAGAAAGUACACAGCAGCCUGGGGGUCUCCAUCAGUAAGGGAAGAGUCAGCAGAUGGAGGGACAGCCAGCAACGGGAAGCCACACAGGCAGUGAAAAAGAUGAUAGAUGACGAUGUCCAGGCAUGGAGGAAUGUGCUGGACGUGCCCCGGCUGGAGAAAUCAUUGCGCGUCCUGCAGAAACGUCCGGGACGGAGCUUACACCUACCUCUGAAUUAGUUUGCCGCGGUGGUGGGAGCAGGCUCCCACAGACUGGGUGGCUUAAAGAGCAGAAAGGAAUGGUCUCCCGUUUCUGGGGGCUGGAAGUCCGAGCUCUAGGCGUCAGCUAUUUUCGCCUCUUCUGAGAGCUGGGAGAGAAUGUGUUCCGUCCCUCCCCUGCAGCUUCUCGUGGUUUCCUGGCCACCUUUGGCCUCCCCUAGCUGGUGGAUCGCUGCCUGCCUCUUCACAUGCCUGUCCCUGAACUUCACCCUUUUAUAAGGACACCAGUCAUACUGGGUGAGGGUCUGCCAAGCUGAACUCAUUUGAACUCAAAGGGUCUGUAAAGACCUUUUCUUUAUAUGGAAGCUUAUGUUCUGAGGGACUGGGGAUUGAGGCUUCCAACGUGCGAAUUUGGCGGGGACGUGAUGAGCAACCCAUAAGGACGUAUAAAGGCCCUGAGGGAGGGAUGCACUGGGCCUGCUCCAGGGAUGGAAGGAAGGCCUUUGUGGCUGCAGGGUGGUGAGUAGAGGGGAGAAGGGAGCAGAUAGCAGGGGGUUGGGGUGAAGAUCACGUGGGGCCUUGAGGCCCUGGCGAGAAGUGUAGAUCUGUCCUGGAUGGGACAGGCGGCCCCUCGAAGGUUCUGGCAGGGGAGUGACAGGAUGGGUCACUCCUGUACCAGAACCGCUCUGUCCACAGUGCAGACACUAGCGUGCUGCGCGCCCACGGCGAGUCUGAGGAUGAUCGGGAGACCGCCCGAGAGGGCAGCGGAUCCUGGGGAGACUUGGACUAGGAUGGUGGCCGUGGCGACGAUGGAGAGGGGUCAGGCUCUGAGGAGGUUGGGGGAGCGGCGCCCGUGUGAUGUGAGUGCCCGGCGCAGGAAAGGGGGCCCGGGCAGCUGCUGGGUCGGGGACUGGAACGACAAGACACAUUGAUGGUGAAACCACUUGCAGAGGUGGAACGGAAGUGGAUUUGAGGGUGGCGGUUGUUGGGGACCUGAGGCUACUGGCUCUGGAAGGUGGAGACGAAGCGGGAGUGGCCCGUGUGAAGGGCGACGGAGCAGGCGAGCCUGCAGUGUGCCAGUCUGAGAAGAAGGGAGGGAGGGGUGGUUAAGGGCACUGGGCUGUCGGGCCACGACUUAGAUGAGGACAGAACAGACACGAGGCGGGUCACUGGUGCCUCUGGUGGCCCGUGUGUUCCUGGAACGUGGGGGGUGGUGCAUGGCGAAGGGGCAGAGGCCGCAAGCGUAGACUAGUGUUCUGGGGACCUCUGCUGUGCAGAGAUUCCGAGAAGGCCUCAGGAGCCCGAGGCCUGUGUGGGCUGGGGGAGGGGGCGGGUUGGGGGCAGUCUUUGUCCUUGUGGUGAGGGCUACACAGGUGUGGCAAACCCAGGGGCCUCCCCACGUGUGCUCUCCUGGGGCUCAGUGGCCUCUGUUGUGGCACUGACCACAUGCUGUCCUGGCCAUGCCUUUGUCUGGCCGUCUCCACCCUCCUGCGCGAGCUCGCCAGAGACUCCGUCUGAUGGACAGGUCGUCUUGAGCACCGGCCCCUUCCUUUGGGCCCGUCAGCUGACCGUGUAGUGGUAGAAGGAAGGAGCCAAGGCUCUCUGCUCCCCCACCACGCCGGGUGAGGCCCCGGAGCUGUAGGGAGAUGAAGUUCGGCUGCCUCUCCUUCCGGCAGCCUUACGCUGGUUUUGUCUUAAAUGGGGUCAAGACCGUGGAGACGCGUUGGCGUCCUCUGCUGAGCGGCCACCGGAACUGUACCAUCGCCAUCCACAUUGCCCACAGGGACUGGGAAGAUGGCGCGUGGAGGAAGCUGCUGGCCGAGAGGCUUGGGAUGAGCCCCGCUCAGAUUCAGGCCUUGCUUCGGGAAGGGGAGAAGUAUGGCCGCGGUGUGAUAGCAGGGCUUAUUGACGUUGGGGAAACUUUGCUGUGCCCAGAAGACUUAGCUUCUGAGGAGGUCGUGGAACUGGAAAAUCAAGCUGUCCUGAGCAGCCUGAAGCAGAAGUACCUCACCGUGCUUUCGAACCCCAGGUGGUUGCUGGAGCCCAUCCCCAGGAAAGGCGGAAAGGACAUCUUCCAGGUAGACAUCCCAGAGCACCUGAUCCCCUCGGGGCGGGAGGCCUGAGGAGUGGGCAGGCUUAGGGAGGAGCGCUGCGUCCUGCCCCGGGAGCUGAGCGUCAGACGGGGACAGCAGCGUGGUCUGGCUUGGCCCCGCUGCGGAGGCCGCUACGGCUGCGUGCUGUUCGUGGACCCCGAUUUCUGCACUCCCGUGCGGGGACAGCUCGGCCGGACUUUCCUUGGGGGCUGCCCCUCUGGGCUCCUCGACAGCCUCAAGGACCCUGACCUUCAGGAGAAAGGGAAAGCAGCCAUAAAGGCGUUUGCACCUCGACUAAUUUGGAUUGUACAAAGAAAUAGGUUUUAAGAGAACUAGUUAGUGUCUCCCCCCUUCUCGGUUCUGGUCAAAAGUCAGGGAGGGCUUGAACAGCAUCCAGGGACUGUUGUGGAAGGCAGGCCCGGGAGUGGCCAGCCACGUCGGCCCCAUUCACGGUGACGAGGACAUCGGACUGAGAAACAGAGCACCCGUCUGUCCUCUCAGAUGACUGUUGCUCUGUUGUAACAGCGACCCUUGGCCCAUGAAGCAUGCGUGUUCCACACAUGGCACGGCUACUUCGUGUGCAAGAAGAGGAC